UCGCAUUAAUGUUACACAGACUGCCUGUCUCCACGUGGGAAUUUUUUUUCUCUGAGCUAAGUUUGUUUAAUAUUCUAGACUAGAUCUAGAUCUACUUAGAGAAGCAAUGAAAUACUGUUCAUCAUCUUGUUGUGAUAGCUCCACUACGACAAAAAACAAGUAUGCCAAUACAAACGUUAAUGUCGCUUUUCAUUAUUUUCCAAAAGAUGAAGGUCUUAGAGUAAAAUGGGAAACAUUUGUUCGUCAGAAAAGGAAGAACUUUACAACGGCAGCCAGAUGUAGAUAUAAUUUCGUUUUAUGCUCAAACCAUUUUGAAAGAAGCUGUUUCAUAAACCUUGUUGACGUGGAGAUGGGAUGGAAAAAGAAAUUGACAUUAAGGCCAGGUGCCGUACCAACAAUACAUUCCACUGUCAUAGCGAUUUACAGGCCGAAACAUUCAAAACAAGAAACCACUGACCCUGCUGAGACACCCUCUGCUGCAAAAAGAAAAUCCAAGAUCAAGGCACUGGUCAAACGUAACACACUUAAGUUAAAAACAACCUCGAUAUUUACUACUAAUUACAGCAUGCCGUCUCCUAAAAAGAAUGGUGUUAGAAGUAUUCCAGAUGCAUUGCUGUCCAAGGAGAGGUAUAACUGGUUUCGUCGCACCAGUCUGGAAGAAGUUGGCUGGUGCACACUAUGUGAAAGGGCGAUGGGUUUAACGAAAGGAUCCUCUUCUCUGAUCUCGCAUGCCAGGGGGAAGAAGCACCGGAGUAAACUGGACAAGGACAUGUCCAAAAAACCUUUGAAUGUACCUCAUUUGAAACAAGAUCUCAACUCCUUGUCACACACGAUACUUAACAAAACACCUGUAGUUACCAUUGAAACUAUAAAACAAGAAUUGUUGGUGAGGCAGCGUCUUUCCACUCCAUCUACGCCCAUGCUGCCCAGUGGUCAGAGUUCAAAUAAUUCGUCCAUUCUAAUAGAUGAGAACAAUUCUCUCCUAGCCAAUAGUAGCGUCAGCAUGACCCCGUCUAGCACUGUUGUCAGUUCUCCCCUUGCAAGUAUUUCUCCCAUUGCUUCUCCUACAACAAAGUCAUCCCUUUCUACCAGCGGUUCUGAUUCAACACUGUUUACCCAGGACUACGAGUCCUCUGAGAGUCAGAUUGGGCGUCUGAAACAAGAGAUCAGCGUCCUGACCAAGUGCACCAAUGAACGAGCAGAGCUUUGUGAAUCUACAGGGAACAUAGAGUACAUCCGAGAAUCAAACGUCUUGAGGAAAAUAAUGGAGCAGAAAUGUCAAGAACUGAAAAAUUUGAAACUACAAACGCGAGAUAAAAUGGCGGCUAGAAUGGCCACCCUCAUUUUGCCCGGGCGUUAGUUUUGAAGUAUAAUGAAUCCUUUCACCUUAGUGGUUAAAAUUGAAUGUUAUCGCUACAUAUACAAUUAAGUUGAAUUUCUGCUGAAAUUGAAAAAAAAAAAAAUUAUUGUAAUUAUUGUACAACUUGAUUUUUCUGAAAAAAAAAAGAGUAAAAUCUCGCUUUAGUUCUAGAUGUAACCAGGUUGAUUUCCUGUAAUCAUGAUUACUUUAGUUACUUUAUUUGAUCCAUGGUUAAUCUUAACCUGAGUAUUUGUUUAAUGAUUUAGUUCAUUGUUCUCAAUUUGUAUGCAUGAUUUCUUGAUGCGUUAUUAAUUUCAACUUGUAUCUGUGAUUAUUUGAUGUAUCUCAAAUUGAGUAUCUGAAUGAUUAUCUGAUACAUUGUUAAUCUAAACUUGUAUUUGUGUGAUUAUCCCGCUGUUAGAACACCUUAGCUUUAAAUGUGUGACAAUGUUGAUGUAAUGUGGACAUUUGUUAGUGCUUCUAUUUUAAUCUACACUACUGACUAACAUAUUCAUCUUCUGAAGUGAGCCAUGUAUAGUUUGAUUGUGUGUUUAGUUAGACAUCAAAUACGCAAUGAUUUUUUUUAUUAUACUAAUUCAUUACUUUUAGUUUAAGCUGACUCAUCACAAUUGGAUGAUUUUUUUUUGGAAUGAUCAUUUAGUUAUCGUUUUCAGUAAUAUAGUUCCCUUUAUUCAAUGAUCUGAAAGUGUUUCUGUACUCCUAGUUAUUACGAUAAUUUGAUUGGAGCAACUCCAGUAGUUGAUUGUUCUCUUUCUUAUUGACUUCACAUAUUUGUUUUAUCUUGGAUUUAUUGUUAAUCUAUUUUCAUUUUCUAUUGCUUUUAAGAUAUUUUUUAUAUUAAAAUUUGGAAAGAA